AUCGCCAAAUUCCGCACUCUAUAACCGCUGGCGAUCAACAGUUGUUUGGAAACGAUACCUACCGACCGGCACCUUCUCAAAAGGCUAUGCACUAUGUAGAAGAAGAUAAACGACUUAAGGAGAAUUGCAAAGUCGAACGCGAAGAGUUCCAAGAACAUAAUAUCCUGCUUCUCCCAUCCACAUUGCUUUUGAUAUCUUCGAGCUAGCUCAUCUCCCACUUUAACAAUCUCCAGCAUCUGUCAUUGUCAUGGACCAGGCUGCUUUUACUUCUUCUACCCCCGAUCUCUGCGAGAUUGGCACGGCAGUCAUAAUACAAGCUGUUAUUAAAUUCAUGCGCCAGCACCCUACCAGAUACGGCGACUUGCGUCCUCAUACUAUUAUUUGGGGCCAUAGAGAUAGUCCUGAAGACCGCAUCUAUGCUCUCGAGGAAGCGUUUAAAGCCUUGAGAGAGGAGAAUCAGAGACUCUCUGAGUUGAACUCACGCCUCACAUGCGAUCUCGAGAACCUAACCACCCGGGUCAGGGAGAUUGAGGAGAGGCCAGUCACCGAUGACCCCCGUUGGCACAGACUCGCUUUGUCUUUGCAGUCUCACUCAAGUAGAAGUGAGCCAAUAGCGGAAUUGGACACCCACAUAAGCAACAAGCUAUGGGUCGUCUACAAAGGCCUUAAUAACAUCAUAAAAAUCGACGAUGGUCCCUUAGUAAUUGAAUUCGACAAGUUACUCCUACGCUCACCAAGUACCCCAAGGGAAAAGAAUGUAGAACUGGGAAAUCUGGGGUCGCAACAUCUUGCAACUUCAAUACGGUCUGCACAGGGCUUUUAUAACGAUGAAAGAAUAAACACGGGUCAGUCCAGUGGGCGGAAUAUCAGGGCUGAACAACAAGCAUGGUCCGAGGCAUAUGGGGAAAGUCAGCCAUGGGUUGAAGACAUAUGUGAGACUCAUCUUUCUUAAUCAUGACCACUAAGAUAUUUUACAGGGUCUAUGAUCUGUGGCUUCCUGAUUGCUUCUUCUAAUAGCUUCCAACUCCUUAAAUCAUCGUUGAGA